AUGCAUCGACUUUUUGCUGAGCUGGAGCCAUCUGUAACCGUCACCGAGCAAAACCUGGCAGACCGAGUUCGGUAUAUCUUGCGCUCAAAUACAUUUGAUGUCACCGAACUCGAACGGCUACGACGUGAGGCUGUUCCUUCAUCGGGUGAAAAUGCUGCGGCUGAGGAUGCGGCGCCACAACUUGCUGAGCAAACGGCAAAUGUGGAUGCCGCCGUGAAUACGCCAGUUGUGGUUGAUUCAAACGAUGAUGGAACAGUCGCCCAGGAACUGGAACUAGAGCAAAUGAGGAGUACAUUGGAAGAGGCGAUUGUGGAAACGCGCAGUACGACUAUCGAAAAUCGACCGCGACUUCCCCGCUUAGCCCUAAGCAAGCGGAAUCGGGCUGUCGUGAGGGCUCUGAACCCAAUGCUGGUUAUAUAUUUGGAAGCCAGCCGGGACCUUUGCGAUACGGACUCAAUUCUUUUUGGCGCCGCACUGGCAGUCUGCCGUAUUAUAGGUGCCAAACUUUCCACGGCUGGACGCGCUACUGGACAAAGUAGUGCUAUCCCAGCCUGGAGAAUAAGAAUUGAAGAACGUAUCGCAAAGGCUAGGGCCCUCAUCGGCAGACUGAUAUGCUUCAGGUCAGGCAAUACCAGGCCAAGGAUUGUGCGCACCGUCAGGAUGGCGUUUGCUGGGACAAAUGUUAGUUUGUCCCAGCCGGAUAUAAUGCAAAAACUGACGGAGCGCAUAGACGACCUGAAGCAAAGAAUAGCUGCUUGGGGAAAGCGGAUUCGGCGAUAUACCAAGAGGUCGACACGGUUCAACCAGAAUCGUCUCUUCCAGAGUGAUCAGAAGAGGCUCUAUAAAUCAGUGGAGCGACCAAUAGUAAGUGGAACGGGCCCUGCACCAAAUCAGGCCGACAUGGUCGCAUUCUGGCGCAGCCUGUGGUCAGAGCCCGUAAACCACAACGAGGGCCCUUGGACGGAAGUUGUGGCGAGUCAGUGUGCGAGUAUUACGCCCAUGGACCCCGUCAUCAUAACGCCGGAUGACGUAGCUGAGGCGGUCCGUAGGGCCCCGAACUGGAAAAGUCCGGGGCUUGACGAGCUGCAUCACUACUGGCUGAAGGGGUUCAUGUUUCAGUUGCUGUGA